UUUAACAUGGGCACUGAGUCAGAAAACAGCGGCAUCCUUAAAGAGGGCUUUAUGGUAAAAAGGGGUCACGUUGUUCAAAACUGGAAAGUUCGUUGGUUUGCACUUAAAUCGGACAGACUCCUUUAUUACAAAUAUGAGGGCGGCAAACGAGAUUCUUGCCACCGAGGGACCAUUUUAUUGAGGAACUGCAAAAUCACAUGUCCUUACCUGGAGUACGAAAACAGACCGUUGGUGAUAAAAUUGGAGACCAACACAUCAGAAGAGCACUUUCUGGAGGCUUGCAUGAGGGAGGAACGUGAUGAAUGGGCUGCGGCGAUUGAUGCAGCAGUACAGAAACUCAGCUCAAGUGAUGCACAGGUUCCUGCCCCAUCUCAAAUAAAAGCCUCCUCAACCCUUCAACUUCAGAAUGUCAACCUCAGUCAGGUGGUGGACUCCAUGUAUGACGUUCACACUGGUAUCCGGCACUGCAGUCACAUCGAGCAGGGCAGCUCUUACAGCAACUGUUUCUCAGGUUCAGCAGUGGUGGAUUGGCUUGUGUUUAAUAAGCUGGCUCUGAGCCGUGUGGAGGCAGUAACGCUGGCCUCUGCUCUGCUGGAUGAAGGCUCUCUGCGGCCCGUUGGGAUCAGGAGUGCAGACGCUCUCCGUAACGCUGCUCUCGGAGAACAGUUCCUCGACGAUUCCACUGCUCUCUACUCCUUUUCCCAAAGCUUUCAGAAGAGAGGCAGUGUGAAGGCAGAGAAAUCUCGAACUGCAGUGGAGCUGAGUGGAAAGGUGGUGAAGAGAGGUUACCUGCUCAAACAGGGCCACAAAGUCAAGAACUGGAAGGUGAGAUUGUUUGUUCUGCGGGCAGAGCCUGGUUUCCUGCAUUAUUAUGACCCCAGCAAGGAUGACGUGACUCCAGCCGGCAGUGUUUCUCUGCGUGGCUGUCUGGUGUCUGCUCUGGAUGAUAACGGCACACCGGCAGGUGUUAAAGGUAAAGUGCAGGGGAAUCUGUUUAAAAUCAUCACUCAGAUGGACACACACUAUUACAUCCAGGCUCCGACACACGAGGAGAGGAUGGACUGGAUCCAAGCUAUUAGACGAGUCACUUAAUUAUGCACUUUCAAGCUCAGCGGACUCUACUGGUAUUAUUUUAACUCAUUUGUUAUGAAUUCGUUUAUUUCUGUUAUCAGAACUUUCCCAUUAAGGGGCAACAUGUGCUUUCUAGCAUCUUCAUAUGGGCAGAUUUUACAGUUAUUAUAACUGUGUUGUUGCUUUUUUUUGUACAUCAUAAACUUAACCGUUUACUUCAGUCAGUCAAUAAUACACAUUGUUGCCAAUAACUGAUCAAAUUUAUAUGCAAAUAACACUUAAAAAGGAAUUAAUUACAGGCCAGUGCUAAAAUAUUAGGAUGAAUUAUUGUGCAAUAUUACUUAAUACUUUGAUCAUGAUUAUUAAUAUUGAUUAGUAGAGUAAAUAAUAAAUGUAUAUGGCACAUUAUAAUUUGGCUACACACAACACAUUAGUCCUGUACAUUAGUGUAGCACAAUUUAUCUCCUAUUAUAGUCUCUAAAACAGUCUAAUUAAUCCUCCUACUGUAAAUUUCCUCAGCAUUUUGACAAGGUGCAUUCCAAAUGGGAUACAUCGCUCUCUGAAUGGCACUUGGGAGUGAUAACAAUCACAGAUUCCAUAUUGAAGUAUCAUUCCAAAAUGAAGUGCUUAAAUCUGGCCACUUCAAAGGGCCCUUUGGAAUAUAAUAAUGAUUUCGAAGGAUACAACUGAUGGACACUUAGUGCCAUGAUACUUUGAGCAGGGAUUUGUUUGGUUUUUACACACUGACUUUAAUUAGGAAGGGCUCAUCUCUAUGCCCUAAUUCUUUCAGAGGGACCCUCAGAUGGGAUUAAGACAUAGUGAUGAGCCCUUCCCAUUGGAAUGCAGUAAGGAAAGAGAGUAAUCUAACACUACUGAUUGGCUACUGCAUUCAAAUGAAAUUUGUGUGAUUGAUUUUAAUGCAAUGUGCGUUAAUCUGAAUGCAAUGCGGCAAUUGACACUCAUAAAAAUGAAAAUUGAGUCACUGUUUACUCACUCUCAAGUGGUUCCAAACCUUUUGAGUUUCUUUAUUCUGUUUAACACAAAAGAAGAUAUUUUGAAGGAUGUUGAAAAUCGGUAACCAAUGACUGCCAUAGUAGGAAAAACAGAGUCAAAGGAAGUGAAUGGUUACAGAUUUUCAGCGUUUUUCAAUAUUUCUUAUUUUGUGUUCAACAGAAGAAAAAGACUCAAGCAGGUUUAAACAGAGCAAGUGAAGUGUGAGUAAAGAAGACAGAAUUUGAAAUUUUGUGUGAACUAUCCCUUUGUCACACAUCUGUUUCUUCACAUUCUUGCAAAUGUGUUGUAUGUGUGCAAAUAAAAUAAGAUAUAUACAGCGUUACAGUCUAAAACAGUGGUUCUCAAACGUUUUUCAUCAAAUACCACCUCAGAAAAAAGCUGUCUUUGCAAGUACCACAAUAAUGAGCUGUAUUGAAAUACAGUACCGUAUUAGGUCCAGUAAAGCAGCUAAAGCUCUGUCCAGUUCAAAAACGAGGGAUAUUAGUUCCUAAUAUUGAGAACACUUAAAUUAUAAUGGGCUUUUAAAAGUUAAAAAUGGUAGGUUAUUGUUCUUAAAAAGUAAACAAAGAAGAAAAAACUCUUGGUUUAUCACCACCUGCAAAUGUACAUAUGACAUAUUUGAUUCAUCCGCGUACCACCAAAAGGAAGCCCACAUACCACUAGUGGUACAUGGACCACAGUUUGAGAACCACUGGUCUAAAACAAUUAAAUAUUAACAAUAAAUAGUAAUAAACCCCAAUAAUAAAUAAUAAACCCUCAUCCUAAUUAGCAUGUAAAAUAUUUUUAUCUCAAAGUGUAGGUGGUAAAGCUGUAUACAUUCAGUGAAUGUAAUGUGAAAUGUAUUUAAUGAUCAGUGUGAAUUUUCCUAGUUUGUUAUAUCUUACUUUGCAAAGUAAAGUUUUUAUUUGAA